AUGUCUCUUGAAGAAGGAAAAUCCGGAGAAAGAUAUUAUUCGGCUCCAAAAAUCGGCAACCCAGCUCCACUUGGUUUAAGUGGUUUCGCUUUAACGACAUUCGUAUUAUCAAUCCAUAAUGCAGGAGCAAGCACAGUAAAGGUUCCAGAAGUCGUGGUAGGAUUAGCAUUAUUUUAUGGUGGUUUGGCACAAUUGUUGGCAGGAAUGUGGGAAUUUAGAACUGGAAAUACCUUUGGCGCAACUGCCUUUUCUUCCUAUGGUGGCUUUUGGCUUUCUUUUGCUGCCAUAUUCAUCCCAGCUUUUGGAAUUAAAGAUGCUUAUAAAGCAGCAGCAGAAGAAAAUCCUUUAGCCUUAACUCACGCCGGAAAAUUUGUGAAUGAAGAUAAUCCAAACAACGGUUUCACAACAUCUGGUGGUAUAUUCGGAAUAAUUACUGCAUUGAUCGCUUGGUAUAACGCUUUAGCAGGUUUACUCACCCCUGAAACCUCUUAUUUCACUUUACCUACUUUUGAUUUAAGUCGCAAGAAUAACUAA